AUACCCGUCAAAGGUCAAGACGACAAACCUGAACGUCUCCGUAAGCUCGAUUUUCGUAAUUUUGAUGGCAGCGACCCGAAAUUGUGGUUCGACGAACUUGAGGUGGUGUUCAAUUCAUCUCAUAUCUUCUCCGAGGAAAAUAAAUUCGCAGCGCUGCUGAAACUCUUGGAGCAGUCAACGAGUUCGCUCCUGAGUGUCGUCACUCGAUCCAAACCCGUCGACGCAUAUUCACAAGCUAGGAAAAUAUUGAUUCGUGAAUAUUCUCUAUCGAAGUACGACAGGGUCAAGGAGUACCUGCUAGGUCAGCCACCAAAUCCAGGAGAGCACCUCACUCAUUUUGCAGCCAGGUCGGAGGUACUUGUCGAGGACAUCACAAUGGACGACAUUAGAAAGUUUCGGAAUCUCCGCUUUGCCCCUCCAGCUGUUCGUCUUCAGCUGGCCGGAUCGAGAUUCGAUGACUGCACCGUAGCCGAACUUCUAUCAGAGGCAGACACUUUAACACAACGCGCUAUUCAGGAUGGAGAGAUCGUCGGAGCAGUUGGCAAUCAGAGGAAACCUCAGUGGGAUCCUAACAAGAAAGAGAAGUCGAAGUCUAAAGUAUGUCAUUUCCAUAACAAGUUUGGGAAGGAUACUCACACCUGCACCGGGGAAGCGAAAUGUAUCCUUUGGAACGAAAGCUUGAACUUGGCUUAUUCGAACCGGCCUAAACAGGGAAACGACAAAAGCGGACCUCCAAGAGGGUAG